AUGAAUCGCCUUAGCACGGAUCCCUGUUUUACUCUCAAGUACUCCUUGAAAGGUGACUGCAAGGACUCGAUCACCGGUCUGGCCUUCUCCGACGAUGGCAAAUUCCUCGCUUGCUCUUCCUCCGACGGCAAUGUCGUCGUAUACAACGUUAUGAACGGAAGCAAGGCGGCAACCUUCAGAAGUGAUAGUUUCCCUACUGUUCUGGCCUGGGGACUUGGUCGUGAAUUAGUCACAGGACUCAACGACGGAGGUGUCAUUCUCUAUUAUAACGCCACUCGAGGCCAAGGGCCAGUCUCUAAAUUUUUCAAGCCUGUCUUUCUUUUUGUGGAAAGUCCCGAUCACCAAGAGCUUGCUGACCUGGGCAAACCCAUCGCUACACUGGCCUUCCACCGCGAGACAAAGAGAUUGUUUGUAGCUUCUGGAUCCAGCGUUGGAAUUUACCGGCGUCGAAGCCAGAAUGAUUGGGUGUAUCUUUGUACCAUCGACCUCCCACCUUUCGAAUAUACAGAGGUCGGAUUCGAACUUGACGAUCCCUAUCCAACAAAAAUUCUCUUUCCUCGUAUGAAGGAUCAAGUCUUCGUGUGUUACCGAGACCACGGCAUCAGGUUCUCGUUUGGAUCACGUCGUCCUGGUACCGGACCUAAUCACGUCUAUAGGAACUAUAGAAUCAUUGACGAUAGAAAUAUUGAAGUAAUUUGGUCAAUCCCUCCAGAUAAUCGGAUCUGUCCAGCCUCGUUGUCUCCGGACAACAACACAAUUGUUGCUUGGAACCUCAAUGAGGGCCUUGACUUCUAUUGCACUCGCCGUGCUAACCUGAAGCUCAUAGAAACUCUAGAUCUCUCUUCUGCUUCUAACACUGAGGUCAAUCUUAUGCUUGACAUCCAGUAUAUACUAAACGGCAAAGCGGUUCUUGUUGGUAGCAACAGCGGCGCUCCGUUCAUCGUCCACGUUGCCACAAAGGAGGUGAUACAGACCCUUAAACACAGCAACAUGAGAGCAUCCACACCCAUUAACGCAUACUGGUCGCAGCGAGGACAACACUAUAUCACCACAGCGGACCGUGACAACGGAGAGGAAACUUUAAUCAAAUUAUGGCACUUGCGACCGUCCUAUGGCUGGUUGGGUAACGUGUGGCUAGCAAAGACGUUCCAUUCCGGCUUCUACUUCAUCUUUCUCCACUGCUUAAUACUGGGGGGAUUCGUCGCACUGCGAUGGCCACUAGAGUGGCGUUAUCCUGUAGUCGGAGGCAUAGCUCUGAUAGGGAGGAUUGCCCAAACGCUGUCCCGAUGGGCUGAAAGGAUGGACGCCUCCAAUUUCGCGGCUACGGUUUCUGUCAGUGUAGACAGGAUCGUUUCCGAAACAUCUGAGAUCGUGAAGGACUCCUAUCCUAUGAAUAGUCUCGCAGUCGCUGCAGUUACGACUGUGACCAGCACCGAAACAGUCACAGUGAUGGAGGCUGUAAUGCCGACGGGUUCAACAGAACUGUUCCCUCCAGUGACUCAUCCACCCACCUGUGCAGUGGUUUAA